GUCCCAAAUGGAACAUUAUUAAUGAUAAAUGAUUUUUUGGAUUUCUGUUAAAAAAACAAUGGUACUCAAAUGAGCAAGCAACUUCCAAGAAAGAAAUGGAAAGAAGUCGAAGAUGAAUUACUACUCAAAGCCAUCAAGAAAUAUGGAAAUCAAUGGAGUAAAAUACAAGAAGAAGUUCCAACCAAGGAUUCCAAACAAUGUCAAGCAAGGUGGAAGAUCCUAAAAAAUAAAGAAGAAAUUUUGGAGAGAUUGGAUGCUUUGGGUGAUUAUUCAGACAUGGACAAUCAAAACCACAAAGUGAAGAAAGCCAAGAAAAAACAAAGAGAAAUACCUCGGAGAUACAAUCCACACUUUGAUUACAAUGAGGAAUCCUCUAGUGAAUCAAUGCAUCUAUAGUAAUUCCAAUAGGCUCUAAUUAAAUAACCAUAUUAAUUGACAUUACUUUAACAACAGAAAAGAGAGUAGAUUCAGAAAAUGUUUGGAAUGCUAUGGAUGACAAAAUGCUGUGGGCUGCCUUUAAAAUAUAUAAAGGAAUUUCAAGAGAAAAACCCCUAGAGUUGUAUGGAGAGAUAUUAAUAUGUAAGUCAUUGUGUGGAAUUAUCGUAGUUAUUGUAAUAAAAGAAGAUGAAAUUGUAGGAGGAUGGAUCAUCAGUAGAUAUCAUUUCCUCUUUGGCUGAAGACAGUUCCAUCUUGGGUUCAGAGUAAUUCGAUAUUACUCAAAGUGAAGGAGGGGAUUCCACUGAUUAACAACAACAAACUGACUAUAAGGUUGUUCCCCUUGGAGUUUAUACUGUUUAAUAGUGCCAUACAAACAUUGAAAGGAUCCUUAAAUCAUUUUCCAAUCACAAUUUAGAUACCCUACCUGGCAUACGUGAGUCAAUUGUUAAACUCAUAUUAACUGAUUGA